UUUCUCAGCAUAUCUAGGACUCAAGAAAAAAUGUUUAAUCCGCAAGAUAUGUUUUCUCAGUCGGAUAUUUUUGGCUGGGGAACACGUAGGGUUUAUAGACAUGUUUAACCUGACUAAAAUGAUCCCUAAUCUCGUGCUAUUGUCAUUUAAACCAUAUGCUAUACUGUUCGCCUAACGUUACUUGUACCUGCCAAAAAGCUCAAAUCUGUGAAGACAGUUGUCAUGACCGCAGUACAACAACAGAUGUCCCCCGCAGUCUGGCUUUAAUACAGAUCUUACAAGCUAAGACUUUCUCCAAGUUUGGCCUGCCCCUUUAACAGCAGUUAAGCCCUAGUGGUGAUUAUCGGACUGUCCGAUUCCCUGGAAACUCUGCGGCGCAGCUCUCACUUUUAACGGGGAUCAUGGCGGCUCCGCUCGGGCGGGACACACUACCUGAGCACUGGUCCUACGGAGUGUGUGGGGAUGGCAGAGUCUUUUUCAUCAACGACAAAACUCGCGGCACUACUUGGCUCCAUCCCCGCACUGGUGAACCUGUCAACUCAGGACACAUGAUACGAUCAGAUUUACCGCGGGGAUGGGAAGAGGGCUUCACCGAGGAAGGCGCCAGCUACUUUAUAAACCACAACCAGAGGACGACGACGUUCAGUCAUCCUGUGACGGGACAUAUCUCCUCAGAAAACACUGACUUCAUUUUACAGGACCAGGCAAAUAUACGCAUGUCCAAGCCACCACCAGAGCCGAGGCCUCCCAGCAGCGAGUCCUCUGUAGCCGUCUCCUCAUCCCCUGCGGACACCAACUCAGGAUCCAGGGUGAGAAGCCCAGCCUCGUUCAGUGCUGAUCUGAGACUGACGGCUCUGGGCAGCAUUCCUCUGCCCAGCUAUGUCAUUUCCCCCGUGGGACCCGAGGACCACAUCAGCCGCAAGUACACCUUCAAGGCCUGCCACACGGGAAUGCGCUCCUACAUUUACAAUAAGAAUUCUCUGAUUGGCUCGCAGGCCGAGCACUGUGGCAUGAGGACCUACUUCUUCAGCGCCGACACACAAGAGGACAUGAAUGGCUGGAUCCGGGCCAUGAACCAGGCUGCACUGAUGCAGAGCCAUGUGAAGAGAGAAGCCGAAAGAAGCUCCAAGUCUGAGCAGCAAGCUGUUCCUCAGACCAACCAUUUCAGCAGCAGCAUCAAAAUCUCCUCCCAGGCCGAGGGCCUCCAGCAGACAGCGCAUGUGGAGGUGGCAGAGCUGAGGCCGGAGCGAGAUGGGGAGGAGUGCUAUGUUUACAGCAAGGAAGUGUCGGAGGAUCCUGUUAAAAUCUCCUCUGGAGAGCUGGAGAUGGAAGGGUUUUCCCAAUCAGGUGCCCAUUCUCGUCCACCUUCCACGGUGCCCACUCACAGGAACGGGCUGCCCUCCUCAGGCAUACGUCCUGAUCAGAACGGGAACGUGGUGUAUAAGAGGGGUCUCGUCCACCGUACAGACACAGAGAAAAAGGUGCAAAGGAAAACUGCGCUGGCUCAGGUCGAGCACUGGGUGAAGGUGCAGAAAGGAGACCCCAAAAGCCAUGCCACUGCUGAGUACACCCUACCCAGACGGACACCACCUCUCCAGCCUAAGUCCGUCAUGAUGGAGACGUACCAGUCGUUGCCAAAGACCACUCGCCACCACUCCGGAGGCAGUUCCCCACCAGUGCCCCAUAACCUGCCUAGUGACUAUAAGUAUGCCCAUGACCGUCUUAGUCACUUCUGUAUGUCCACUGACGAGCGCUUGGCCACUAAAGAGGGCAUGGUGUGGCAGCUGUAUGAGUGGCAGCAGCGCCAACAGUUCCGCCAUGGAAGCCCCACUGCACCAAUCUACACCGGGCCUGACUACAUGGACACGUCUGCCUUCAGAGUUACUCUGGAAAUGCCACGAUCCAUAUCUGUGCCCCCAUCACCAUGUGACAUACCCCCACCCGGCCACCCCUCCAGGUCCUUGUCCCCACGCAGGCCCCACAUGCCCGCCGACAGGGUGAUGGUACGCCCACUGGAUGACUUUGCCACCGUGGACACUCCCAGUUUGGGUUCUCCCAGAGGAAUAUGUUCCCAGAUCUCAAAGACCUCACAAAUAGAGAGGAGAUCCAUGCCAACAAUGGGGUACAUCACGCACACAGUCAGUGCACCUAGUCUGCAUGGAAAAAUGCUGGAGGAGUUGACCCUGCUGCUUAUCCAGCUCAGGAGACACCGGGCCAAGAUGGCCAGCGUGCGCAGCGACACAUUCACACACCUGCAGAACCAGCACAACGGUCUCUCAGGCCCCAGUUUGCAGGCAGAUGACACUUACAUCAAGCUGAAGAAGGACCUGGAGUAUCUAGACCUGAAGGUAACUGGACGUGAAUCGCUUAAAGAUCGACCACCUCGGCCUGUUAAAAUAGCUGAAAGUGACAUAGAUGUAAAGCUUAGUAGGUUAUGCGAGCAAGACAAGGUCCUACAGGAGCUGGAGGCCAGGAUACGCACACUCAAAGAAGAUAAGGACAAGCUUGAGUCAGUUCUGGAUGUUUCCCAUCAGCAGAUGGAGCAGUACCAGGAUCAGCCCGCCCAUGCAGAGAAGAUCGCCUAUCAACAGAAGCUGUUACGGGAGGACGUGGUCCACAUCAGGGCGGACAUCUCACAAGUGUCCACGGAGAUGGAGAACACUUGGGCAGAGUACAGCCAAUUGGAGAGAGAUGUGGACAGACUGCGUUCAGCCCUUCAAGACCAGAAGACCCACAGUGCUCUCUCUCAGCAGGAGAAAUGUCAGCUGAGGAAGGAGCUGUGGCGGAUCGAGGAUGUGCUUGCAGGCCUAAGCUCCAGUAAAGCCAACUACAAAGUGACCAUUGACUCUGUUCGGAAUCCAGGUGAGAGCGAGCCCCUGCCUGCCAUCACCCCCAUGCACUGGAACACAGACCGAGAGAGAAAACUUGUGCCUUCAGCGUCAUUGUCCACAGUGCCUUCUCUCACUGCAAGCCCAUCCAUGGGUGAACUGAAAGCUGCUCAGCCCAGCCCCCAUCUCAGCCCAGUGCAGUCUACCCAGCAGCCCUUGCAGCUCUCACAUUCAGCGCACAAGCCAAAAUGGUCUGAAGAGGAUGCUCCACCCAGACCCCCUCUCCCUCACCUCUACAGUCCAGAUGAACACCCCCCGGCUGUGCCCCCUCUCCCCAAAGAAACCUCUGUCAUCCGCCACACAUCAGUCCGGGGCCUUAAACGACAGUCUGAUGAGCGGAAGCGUGAUCGUGAGUUUGGGCAGUACACUAAUGGAGAUCAUAAGGUUGAGAUACGAGCGUUCCUGAGUGAGCCUGAACUACUGGGAGUUGGUGGACAAAUUGGGGGCUUGAGCCGUGAUAGUGCCUACCAAACUUUACCAAACAGAGGUUUGACAGGCUCAUCUUCAAGACUGAACCAGUCAUCAAACAUUUCAUCGUUUGUCACACUCAGAAGAGGACUCACCACCACAAGCUUGAAGGAGAGACCAAAGAGUGCCUUGGAGCGGCUGUACUCUGGGGAGCCCGUACAGCAGCGCGGCCGCAUGAGCGCCGAAGAGCAGCUGGAGAGGAUGAAGCGUCACCAAAAGGCUCUCGUACGGGAGCGCAAGAGAACGCUCAGCCAGGGCGAGUGGCAGGCAUCCUCAUCUCGUGCCUCCUCCUCCUCCACAUCCAGACCUGUGUCUGGAGACCUGGGAUCAUGGAGGAGAGAGCAGGACUUUGAUUUGCAUCUUCUUGAGCGGGCCGUGCAGGGUGAAGAGAGACCAGUCGAGCACAAAGAGAGACAGCGCUCUCACUCAGACGAAUGGCUCACCCUGAGCAGCACACCCAUGAGAGAACUGGAUCUGGAGCCUCUGGACUACCAGCUAGAUCUCAGCAAAGAGCUUGCAAAGCCACAAAAGGUGGCCAUCCCUGAGCGUUAUGUGGACCUGGAUCCAGAGGAGCCCCUUAGCCCUCAGGAAAUGGAGACCAGACAUCGUAAAGUGGAACAAAUCAAGAGCAUCCUUGCUAAGUCUAGUGUCCAGAAUAUACCUCCUCCAGCAGCAGUAGACAAGCCGGUGCUGCCGGACAUAGACUCGGCUCUACAGGAGCAAGAGAGAAUCAUCACCAUGUCCUAUGCUUUAGCAUCAGAGGCCUCGCUCAAGAGCAAGCAAGUGGCAGCCAAAGCUGUGUCUGGAUAUUAAGGUGCUGUCACAUUCUGAAAACCCCACUAGUGGUGGACAAACUUAAACUCGGCUUAUCGAAUCACAUCGCUCACAUUUAGAGAUGACGUUAGCGCACUUUUGGAAUCACAUGGGAACUGGCUCCUGAAAUGCAUUUUUGUGGAGCUAUUAUUUGAUAUGGACUUUCUGCUGUGGAAACUGCUGUGCAUAUGCUGUACAAAAUCUAACCAUGAUAACCCAGAUAUACAGAGCCUUUUUAUAUACAUCACUGCACUUUUAAUAUGCACCGUAUUGUAGAGAACAUUUAAAGCUCAUGUUUUACUUCUCAAGGCAAGACAGAUGUUUAAAUGGAGUUCAGGUUGAAAACAACGGUAACAUACAGACUAAAAAAGUAUUAUACAUGUGUAACGCAUUAUGAACAUGAAGGGUACAAAAAUGUCAAAUGUCGAUUGUAUUUUGUCAAUUCAGAUGAUAUUCUUACACCAAAUCACUUGAAAUAUAAUUUUUAUGUAUCCAGCACUGCCAGUCUCUCCAGUUAGCUUGCCAAAUGCAUUUUAUUUUUGUUGACAAAGUUAAGAAAAAAAAACAAUAUUUUCAGACAGGAUUUGUGGGGAAGUGGUUGGGGAGGAAUAUGCCACAUACUUUUUUUUAAAGAAACUGUAAAUAUUAAAGAUAUUAACAAGCCAUUUGUCUUUUAUUCUGUUUGUGUUCUCUAAGAAAGAAGGAAAGAGAGAAAAGAAUUUCAAGUUUUUCAGUUUCAGAAUGUCAAAUAAGGAAUUUAUUAAAUGAUUGGGAGGUUUUACAUUUGCAUCGCAUUAAAAGCAGUAAUCAAUUCGAAAUUACAC